GCGCACGCCUGGUGAUCUCGCGGGAAAGAACCGUUGCGGGCCCAGCUUUGCGCCGAGGUAGGAGGGGGGAGUGGAGGCGGGAGUGAAGUCUCGCGAGAAGAGGCGGUUGCUGUAGCGGAGCUCUCUGGCUGUGUGUGUCUGAGGCUUCGGCGCCGGAGCCGCGGACGGUUUGCUGAACCCGUUAGUGCGCCCGGCCGAGACACGCCGCCGCCAUGUCUCGCUACCUGCGUCCCCCAAACACGUCUCUGUUCGUCAGGAACGUGGCCGACGACACCAGGUCUGAAGAUUUACGGCGUGAAUUUGGUCGUUAUGGUCCUAUAGUUGAUGUGUAUGUUCCACUUGAUUUCUACACUCGCCGUCCAAGAGGAUUUGCUUAUGUUCAAUUUGAGGAUGUUCGUGAUGCUGAAGAUGCUUUACAUAAUUUGGACAGAAAGUGGAUUUGUGGACGGCAGAUUGAAAUACAGUUUGCCCAGGGGGAUCGGAAGACACCAAAUCAGAUGAAAGCCAAGGAAGGGAGGAAUGUGUACAGUUCUUCACGCUAUGAUGAUUAUGACAGAUACAGACGUUCAAGAAGCCGAAGUUACGAAAGAAGGAGAUCAAGAAGUCGGUCUUUUGAUUACAACUAUAGAAGAUCGUAUAGUCCUAGAAACAGUAGACCGACUGGAAGACCACGGCGUAGCAGAAGCCAUUCCGACAAUGAUAGACCAAACUGCAGCUGGAAUACCCAGUACAGUUCUGCUUACUACACUUCAAGAAAGAUCUGAAAGCGGAAAAAGAACCAAAGAAGGGCAGUUCAAGCGACCAAAGGGUGGGUGGAAGGUGCUGCAGUAUGAAUACUGUACGAAUAUUUUGACUCUGGUCUGAAAAGAUAAAAGAAUGUUAUCGAAAACUACAUGGAAUAAUUGAAGUCCCUUCAAGUUUGAAAGUAAGCAUUUUAGGACAAAUAAAAGGAAAUUCAACUUUGUACUUGUGGAAACUAAUCCCUAAAUAUGAAUAGGUUUAUAUUGAUUCAUGGGUACCAGAUCCAUAACAAAUUAUUGGAAAAUAGUAUGUCUGAAUAUCAAGGAAGACAGCCAUAGUCUCUUACGGUGCCUCUGUUGGUCUGUCUCAAACUGAAUUGGGUGGGAAAAGGUAUGGUCCAAUAUAAAAGUUCCAUUUUCGCCAUUAUUGGCAAAUCUUGCCUUUGUUUAUUUUGGUGCCAGUGUUUUCUGCUUAAUCAUUUGCUUUGUUGGCAUCUGCAUUUAUUUACUUGUACACCACAUGCAGUUUACAUCUUCCUUAACUACUCUACUUCCCAAGUAAAUUCGAAUUACAUUUGACAUCCAGCUAAGAGGGCCCAUCUCUUCUCACCUCUUUCCUAGUCAAUAUGUUCAGCAAAUAUUUAUUGAGCCCUUACUAUGGGCAGAUCAUUGUACUGGAUAAUUGAGGAGAAAAAUAAAUAAUUCCCUUAUUCGGUAAAUGUCUACUGAGCACAAUCUAGUGAAUCAUUACAGUAUCACCUCAUCGUUUUGUUUGAGGUAUAUUAUUCGUAACAAUAUUUUACACCAUUCAUAUCUUAAUGUAAUUAUAGAACCCAAUAUACUAUCAGGAAUAAGUAAUUAUGUGGUUAUUCUGCCAUUUAAAAGUAUCCAGUAUUUGUUUGAUCCCAAUAUUACAAAUAAUGAAAAAAUGAUUUGUUUUAAUCUGUGAUAAACUGGUUUAUUGUGCAGUGACUGUAAUAUACUAGAAUUAAAGUGUUCACUCUGCCUCACAAACAACAUACUAGGAAAUAACCCCCAAAAUAAGUAUUUAACUUUGCAUUAGAUAUAAAGAAUACUGGGUGCUAUAAUUAGAUUAUUUUGAGGCAGACAGCUGUUAUCCCAACUGAUUUAGUAUGUUCUGUAAUUGAGAAAAUGUUCACCAAAUUAUACUUUUUAGUGAUUUACAUGUACAUUUUAUAGGGGACGUGUUCUGUGUAUAGUGAAUAAAUAACUUUUAUAGUAUCACAAAAUGUUUUGGAUUCCUUAGUUUCUUACUAGGAUGUUUCUUUACGUAUACAUUGAUUCCAUCACAUUUGAUUUUUGUCUUUUUGCCACAUAUUUAAAACUUUCCAUGGAAAAUUAUUAACUAAAAAUCUGGAAGUGGAGUUUAAGCUUUUAAUUUAUAGCAAUUUUGAAAAUACAGCAGAGGUAUAUUUUCAAGGGAGGUAUGAAAUGGUAUUUUUGUCUGUAUUUUAUUUUAUAAUUUUUUUUUUGAACUUGCCCAGGAUCACACAGCAAGUGUCAGAUCUUAGGUUAAAGUCCAUAAUUUUUCACUUGCUUCAUCUUUUAUAUUUUCGUUGUUUAAUCAAACGGGGAAAUGUUUUUAUAGCUUUAUUUUCAUGGAGAUAGUAAAAUUGAUAUAAUGGGAACUAGAAUUUACUUAGAGUCAAAAUGACUAGAUUUAAUUACAAAAGGUAUUUUAUUGUAUACAGUUACACACUCAUGAACGUAGUGGGUGGUUCUUAUGGAUAGAGGUUCUCUGUAUUUUUAAAAGAAUAUGUAGAGUUCAUAGACCUUUUUUGCCCUCUACCUCCCUUCUUUCUCCAUUUCCUUUUGAAUUAAGACAUUUAAGGGGGAGAAUUAAGUUGAAUAUUGAGUUGGGAUUUUGUUUAAAAAUAGGUGAAUACAUAUAUAAAUACAAUAACAAUAGUUGGUAGUUCUCUAAAAUAUUUAAGUCAGAAAAGGACCUUUAAUUUUUGCAUCUGUUGAAUGAAUUGCUUUCGGAUCUCUUCUGUGGUUGUUUCUCUUUAUAUUGAAUGCUGUCAAUAUUGUUGAGGACUUACUGUGCGAAACCAUGUGCUUUUCAAAUAUUUAAUUCUAAAAACACUCCUGGGAAGUGGGUAUUGUUCCCAUUUUACAGAUGAGAAAAUUGUCCUUUGUGGAAUACCCACCAUGUGAUAGCAUCUUGCAUAUGUUCAUUCCUCACAACUUUACAAGGUAAAUGGAUAAUGUUCCUGGAUAAGAGAUUAAAUAUAAUCCAAGAUCUCAGGGCUGUGUGGCUCAGAGACUCUAAGCAUGGCUUUCCAAAUCUCAUUCUCUUGUAGAGAUUUUCCAUUGUAUUGCAUUUUAACCAUAUUCCUGUUUACAAAACCUAAGAAUAUAUUCUGAUGUAGGGAGGCUGUGACUUGAGCAAUAGCUUAGGAAUAAUCUAAUGGCAUUCUACUAGGAAGGAGGACUAGCAAAACCUGUAGAAGUCCCAGGCAUGAACUGUUCUCAUUUUAGAUAGGAUGACUUGAUAAAUAGGGUGAAGUGAGCAACGUGUUUUGUCUUCAGUUAUUGAUACCUACAAGACAUUCUACUAGUCACUGUGGAAAAGGUUCCUUCUCGGAUUUUUUCCUCUGCCCCUUCCUCUAACAGUGUUGGUUAUCUUUAUUAUGUUUCUGUGUAUAUGUAACAGCUAUUGCACCCUUGUAAUGCACAAUGAGGAUUUUUCUUGGAAUAAAAAGUGAGGCAUGUAAACUCAUGGAGAACAGUAGUUUGUAAAGAAGUAAAAGGACUUUGUAUCUAGUUUUUUGCAGAUCACAUUUCUUUGAAUGCUGGAAAGUGAAAUAAACUGGUCUAGGAGCCAAAAAAAAA